AUGGCGGCUCCGACGCAGCUUGCUUUCCGCACGCUCAAGGGCAUUGGUAUCAUGGAUGUGGAUCCCGUUUAUGAGUCUCUUCCGGGAUUUGAGAGACCUGAAGGGAACCUCCGCUGCAGCGCGUAUUCGCCGGACGGUCGGUACUACGCAUGGGCAUCGCCUGAGAAGGUAACUAUCAUCGACGCCUCCGUGGGCCACGUCGUCUCAACCAUCGCCGCCGACAACGUCUUCGAGCUCGGGUUCUCCCCGCUUGGUACGUACGUGAUCACCUGGCAACGGUCGACCAAGGACGAGAACGGCGACGCUACCAAGAACCUGAAAGUGUGGCGGGCCAUUGAGAACGAACACACGGUCGUGGGCAGCUUCGUGCAGAAGAGCCAGACGGGCUGGAACCUGCAGUACACGCCGGACGAGAAGCUGUGCGCGCGCGUUGUCACCAACGAGGUCCAGUUCUUCCAGUCGGACAAUUUGCAAACCGUCUGGAAUAAACUGCGUGUGGAGGGGGUGUCGGAUUUUGCGCUCAGCCCGGGACAACAGACCCAUUCGCUUGCGGUGUUUGUUCCUGAGCGCAAGGGCCAGCCGGCUCAGGUUAAGGUCUUUUCUGUUCCUCAGUUUGGGGCGCCCGUCUCUCAGAAGAGUUUCUUCAAGGGAGAUAAGGUCCAGCUCAAGUGGAAUGCCUCCGGGACGACUGUGAUUGUCCUUGCGCAGACGGAGGUCGACCGUACGGGGAAAAGUUAUUAUGGCGAGACCACGCUGUAUCUGCUCAGCGCUAGCGGUGCAUUUGACUCGCGAGUGGAUUUGGACAAAGAAGGUCCCAUCCACGAUGUCAGCUGGAACCCCAACUCGAAGGAGUUCGGUGUCGUGUACGGCUACAUGCCCGCGAAGACCACCAUCUUCAACAUGCGCGGUGUGCCCAAGCACACUUUCCCUCUCAGCCCGCGGAACACGAUCCUGUUCUCGCCGCAUGGACGUUUCGUCCUGGUUGCCGGCUUUGGCAAUUUGGCUGGCCAAAUGGACAUCUACGACCUGGACAAGAACUACCACAAAAUCACCACCGUCGAGGCAUCCAACGCCAGCGUGUGCGCCUGGUCGCCCGAUGGCCAGUUCAUCCUGACUGCCACGACCAGCCCGCGCCUGCGCGUCGACAACGGCGUACGCAUCUGGCACGUCGGCGGCGGCCUCAUGUACAACGAGGACAUGACCGAGCUGUACGACGUCACCUGGAGACCCCAGAGCACGACCCAGCACCCGCUGGGUGACCCCCUCAACAAACUUCCAGUGCCUCAUCCGUCCGCUACCGCAUACCUAGCCACCCGCAAGGCCCCCGCCAAACCCGCGGGCGCCUACCGUCCUCCCGGAGCGCGCGGCCAGCUCACCCCGCUAGCCUUCAAGCGCGAGGAUCAAGGCGGUGCCGCCUUUGUCCGUGAUGGCGUCCCCGGUGCCAGCAUGAACGGCUUCGGUAAGCCCCGCCGUCGCGAUGUCCCCGGCGCUGAUCCUGCGGAGGAGUACCUGCCUCCCGGCGCGGCUCCCGGUGGCGGCGUGGCCCUGCCCCCAGGCGCAGACCAGCCCGAGCGGAUGUCCAAGUCCGCCGCGAAGAACAAGAAGAAGCGCGAGGCCGCGAAAAAGGCCAAAGACGACGAGGAUAACGCCCCGCCCGCCAACGCGCCUACGGGCCCCAGCCCGGACCGGGCCCGCGCCAGAAACAACAAGAGUGACCGCAGCGGCAACCCUGUGAAUGGGAAUACUGCCAAGUCUGCGCCUCCUGCUGCUGCUGCUCCGGCCCCUGCUCCGGCCCCUGUCCCUGCCGAGGAACCUACUCCCUCGGCACAGGAGAAGAAAAUCCGCGGCCUUUUGAAGAAGAUCCGCGCGAUUGACGAGCUGAAGAUGCGGCUGGCCGGUGGGGAGAAGCUGGAGGAUACGCAGAUGAAGAAGAUCCACACAGAGGAUUCGGUGCGCAAGGAGUUGGACGCCUUGGGAUAUAGUGGUUGA